AUGAGAUCGCGAAGAUUCUACUUCCGUGUAUUUGACGUCAACGACGUUCACCGUCUGCUGUGCACAAGCACCAGUGCAGGAAGGGGGAGAAGUUGGCUGGUGGUGGUGAAGAUGGCGGAUGGAGACAGCGGGAGUGAGCGCGGUGGCGGAGGCAGUAGUGGUGGUGGAGGUGGAGGAGGAGGCGGCGGCGGCGGUGGUGGUGGUGGUUUCUCGCAGUUCCAGCGGGAACAAGAGACGCAGGAGUUGGCGUCGAAGCGCCUUGACAUCCAAAACAAACGUUUCUACUUGGAUGUCAAGCAAAACUCCAAGGGCCGCUUCAUCAAGAUCGCCGAGGUCGGCGCCGGUGGCUCGAAAAGUCGCUUGACCCUCUCCAUGUCCGUGGCGGCAGAGUUCCGCGACUACCUCGGCGAUUUCAUCGAGCACUACGCACAGCUUGGGCCCAGCAGCCCCGAGCAGAUCGCGCAGUCCUCAGGGGGAGGCCCGGGAGACGACGGUGGCCCUCGGCGGGCUCUGAAAAGCGAGUUCUUGGUGCGUGAAAACCGUAAAUACUACCUUGAUCUGAAGGAGAAUCAGCGCGGCAGGUUCCUGCGCAUUCGACAGACCGUGAAUCGAGGGCCGGGCUUCGGUCUCGGAGGCCCUGGUGGUGGCGGAGCUCAAGCGGGCCAAACGAUCGCACUGCCCGCGCAGGGCUUAAUCGAGUUCCGCGACGCGCUCGCCAAACUCAUCGACGAUUACGGCGGAGAUGACGAGGAGCUGAUCGGCGGUGCCGGGGCCGGCGCGGCCUCCGGGGGUUACAGCGAGCUGCCCGAGGGCACCUCCAUCAUGGUGGACUCCAAGCGCUUCUUUUUCGACGUCGGCUCCAACAAGUACGGCGUGUUUCUGCGCGUGAGCGAGGUGAAGCCCAGCUACCGGAACUCCAUCACGAUUCCGUUCAAAGCCUGGAGUAAGUUCGGCGGCGCCUUCUGCCGCUACGCCGAGGAGAUGAAGGAGAUCCAGGAGAGACAGCGCGACAAAAUGUACGAGCGGAGAGACGAGUCCGAGGGGGAGGACGUGGAUGACGACUGAUGCUACAAGAAAAGUUUUUUUUUUGUUUUUGUUUUCUUUUUUAAUGUAGUGCUCAUAUAAUGAGAUCCGGUUUAAAAAAAUGUGCAGAAACGAGCGAAGAAAGUGCAUGACGAAUCGGACUUAAAAAAAUAGCCUACUCAAAUAUUCGUGGCGUGAUAUUCAUUUGACAGAAAAGAAAAAAUAUUAUAUAUAUAUAGCUCUGUGAAGUUUGUGUGAUAAGGAUACACCGUCUAGAGCCAUUGGGCGAGUUAUGUUUUAUUUGGAAAGUUAUGAUUUAUUAUAGUCCUAAACCAGCAAGUUUUAAGUGUCUUCGGUGACAGUUACUCUUUUAUAACACUAAUGCUGUGGUUAAAAAAAAAAAAAGUAGUCAAUUGACAGGAAACAAAGCAUAUUGAUCAGUAUAUUUAAUAGAUAUUUUGACAUGUGCUCAUUAUAAUAAUGAGUGAUCUAAAAGCAAAAGACCAUAAUUAUCUGUCCAUGUGGACCAGAAGAAUAACACUGCUGUCACCUGUUCUUGAUGGACAAUUGGCAUAAAAAAUACUUGGGCAAGUCAGAGAAUAUAUCGAGAGACUCAAGCUGAAAACACGUUCUAUAUUAUACUAUCGAGAAAUAAACUUAUUGGUGUUUGGGUAUAACUUAAAGUCCCUGAGAGUAUACCGGUAAUAUUGAAAGUGUAAUAUUCAAGAAGGUAUAUCACCUUCUAAUGGAAGAGGCCAAGUAAUUAUUGGCUUAAUACAUUUUAAGAAAAAGCUACAAAUCCUUAAAGAAAUGAUAAUUAGUGUUAAGGGGAGAGAGCUGAGCAAAAUGUUAUGUAAAAUAAGUGAUUUAAGCACUGACUUUUCCAAGUCUGGUCCAGAUCUGAAUGUCUAUAUGUAACUUCUAAGUAGCUAUAAGGACCAGUUAUUGCAAUGAAACCACACUCCUUUUUUUUUAUUUAAAGGAGAAAAAAAACAUAGACAAGUCUUUUUGGUUCCUGUACUUUUUUUUGUUUAUUUAGAAUAAUAUAAAGGCAGAUUAUACUUUAUGACAGAAUUAACUGAACAAACCAGCAUAUUUUUAAUACCUUAAGUAGAAAAUAUAUUAAAGCCUCUAAGGCAAAUUUUCUAAGAAAAAAAAAUAUGGAAUUUGAAAAUAUUUGUUUUGCAAAGGUUUGGAAAAAAUAUAUAUAUAAAUAUAUAACUAGAGAAUGUUAACGUUAUGUACAUCUUGUUUCAGAUUACACAAAUAUCAGGCUUUUUCUCCAGCACACCAUCAGAUUUUACAUUGUAUUGCUAUUUUUGCUUAAUUUGCCUGUCUAAGUGAUUUCAGUUUAAGGGACAGCUCAAACAGAAUGCUAAAAUGGGGUCAGUGAAAAAUUAGCACCAUUGGAUUGAACUUGCUCUAUAAGUAAACAUAGUGAUAGCACUCAAGCUUAUCAAGCUGUCCUGUAUUAAUUGUGGUGUUGUGCAUGCUUUCCCCAUGUUAUUGUUUAUUUAAUUUAUUAUGUACUUUAAACAUGGUGUAUGUAGCUUUGUUGAUGCUACAAUGUUUUGUUACUGUUUGUCUUUUUUUUCCUCCAAAACAUGCAUUUUGAGGGCAAACCAACAAAGAUGUCAAUUUUUUUUCUUUACAUCAUCUGGGCAGGACACAUGAUUUUUUUACAAGGAAUAUGUGAACUACCCAAUGGUAAUGCCCACUGCUAGUAAAAGUGUUGCGUUGAUUUGUUUGCCACAUUUCAUUGUUGCACUUUAAAAAGGAUCAACAGUAUCCAACCGAUUCUGGUGCAGUUUACUGAGAGCAAUGUAGGUCAUGAUGUUUUUUGCCUCCUGCUUACAGCAAUGAAAUUAAGAGAUCCUUUUGCGAGGCACUAGUGUUCUGUAUUCAUAUAUAAAACCAUCUUUUAUUAUACCUACUGACUUGUACUGUUUCAUGUUAAAUGGCAGCUGUUUCCAUAACUGUAUCCUACUGUAAACGCUCAAGAUUUGAUUAAUAAACACAAAAGUUGUUUUAUGCAGAAGAUCCUAUUGAGGAAUAGAACACAGUUUUUAAUACUGGAUAUGAUCCUAGCAGAGUGACUUCAUUGUUUUUGGCAAAUCCCCCCAGUCAGUCAGUUAGUGUGCCACUGGCACAGCUGACAUCUCUGCUCUCUUUCAUUCAUGUUCUCCUUCAACCUGCAAUCGCAGCAGCUGUUGUUCUGCAGCAGGGAGCUGACUUAGCAGACUGCCUAUUUUAACAUGAGUGGCAUGAGAGGCUAGCAUUCCUGUUCAGGAUUCAGCUGUGCUAUUAGCAGUUGAGUGCUGAAAGACACAAGGGCUCGAUUGUUGAACCCACUGUGCACAGACACUCUCCAAAAACGUAACUGCAUCAACAACACUGCAGCAAACACUCGUUUAUUACUUUUCUGACCAUAUCAUCCAUAGUGAGAGAAGUAGGGCAAGCCUCUCAACCUUUUUAAGGUUUGUGUCGCUGACAUUUUCUGCUGCAUUUGUUAUUAAAAUGAAUGCCAGUCAGCCGUUUAAGCACUCAAGUACAAUUGGUUAGAAGGGAAAUGUUUGUAAAAGCAUUGGCUUUGGUAAAAGCAAGCCACAUGAAAGUGUGACAGAGCACCAGCAGCUGUUGGCAAGAUAGUUUUCCCCCCUUCAGCUGUUUUUUUUUUUUCUCCCCUUCCAAACCACAUUUACAGUUCAUUUCAAUUUUGACAACGGAAAUCGUUCUCAAUAUUGCAAUCAUUUUGUGGACCUGUGACUUCUCUGUUGUUGUCAUAAUGUAUGUAAACUGAACUAACAACUGUUUUUUUUUGGUCUGUGUGAAUUUUACUGUGUGUGGCUAGAAUAAUCAGACUAAUGAGUAAGGUUCAGAGGAGGGUCUUACUGUAGGUAUAAACAGGCAUUCCACUAAUUACACUUUUAUGCACAUCAUCACAUUUCAGAAGCUCAGUACUAUUUUGAAUAUUCUGCAAAAAUCAUCCUAUUUUUUUGGUCAUUAAAAUAUUUCACUACAAGUAAUGCCAGGAAGCAAUAUAGACACAGGUGGAAGGGAUUAUGGCUAUAAAUUCUGCUAUAGCAGGUUGAUUUGUCUUCCUGUGUUACUUUAUGGAAUGUGCAAGUCUGUUUCUAUACAUUUCAUAAAUACUUUUUUUUCUUUUUUCUUUGUACUAACACCAGUGUCAUGUAUUGGUUUACCUUAACUAUGUUGCUAUUCCCAUAAUUUUUCCAGAGCUCAGCAAAUAUUUUAUGUGCUGUUUUUGAACAUGCAACCCGGGCUUUUAGUCUUAAGCCUAAAGAAUCCUUCUUUUUCAAUUAUUGUUUCUGGCAGGUAUACAAUACUAAGGUAAACACCAAGCCCAUAUAUGGUUUCUACUCAGGUUUUAGGUAUCCUCAAUUUAUCUUUGCUCGCCCAUCACGUACAUACCUCCCGCUAAGACUUGUGCUGAAGUGGUUAAGAGGCAGACUAGACGAAUUUUCCUUUAACAGGAAUUUUAUUGAGGUGAACACUCCAGUUCUGCUGGUGCUUGAUUAUCCUGUAACCUCAGGCUGCCUCCAACAGACCACACACUGGGUGGCCAUCCAUUUCUCUAUGGGUGCUCACUUUUUCAAGUGGAGAUUUACAAGUCUAUAUUUAGAAAAUGCUAUGUAUGUUUGUACCAGAAUAAAGAAACUUCUAAUUGAUGGUAAAUGA